AAACAAAAGGUCAAUGCACCGAGUUCAGGUUUAACCUGAAUCCAACUUCAGUCUGUUCAACGCUGUCAUUUACACACGUCAAAAAUGGAGGAGGAACGUCUUUUUGAUGAAAGAGUUUCUAUUCGGGAUUCUGCUCGCCCCCUUAAAAAAUAUGGAAGUACUUGCAACCAUAUGAAAAGAAACGAAGAAUACAUCAAGCAUGUGAUGUCAAAAGGUGAUACUUUGCAAGGACUCGCCCUCAAAUAUGGUGUUACUAUGGAGAAGAUAAGGCGGGCAAACCGUUUAUUUGCCUCGGACAGUUUGUUUUUACGGGAGUAUUUAUUGAUUCCUGUCACCAAAGAUUCUCCGUUCUACGAGAAUGGUGAGCGUGUGACGGAGCUGCCUCCUCCCAAUCAUCGCGCUUCGAUCGCGGGCAUGCCUACUGGGGACUUCUCCCCGGGCAGCCCGGACGAAAAGAAGAGUUUUGACGAGUUCCUCAAUAGACUGGAUUCUUCCCUAGCUGAUAUCAAAAAACAUGUGGAGAAGACUAAGGAGUCCAGCGAGUGAGUAAUAGUGCCUAAAUUUAUAUUUUAUCAUUGCCUGCUCACAACACUCAAAAUAUGAUAUAAUCUCAUUGACAUCUAAGUAAUUAACAUAAUCUAUGUAUUUAUUUUCAUAGCUUUUAAAACUACAAAAAUUCCACUACUUUAUCCACAUUGUAUAAUGGUUCAAGGUCUUACAUCAGCCCCAAAAGUUGAUAUAUUAUGUUAUUUGAAAGUAAAUAUAUGAUAAAUUUAUCUUUAUGUUGAGUAAACAAAUGUAGCUGUGUGUGCGUCUAUGUGUGAUAAUAUGUUAGUUUGAUAACUGUACCUAUGAUUUCGUGUUCUCAUAAAAUUUCUUUAUCGUUACAAACUCUCUGUGAAAUGACACACAAGUUAUGUCAAUGACGACAAGAACAAAUAGUCAUGAAUCCUAAGUGUUUUCAAACAAAUUCUUAUAAUAUGUUAACUUAUAAUGAGAACCCACCAUUUUAACUUUCUUUUCAUGAUGUUAAUGCUUACAUGGCUGCAAAUCAUUGUUUUGAGAACUGAAUUGGGUAAAAGCAAUUAGUUUUAUAGUUUCUGACAAACAUCCCCAUAAGAGAACUUGAUCUGUGGUUAAUAAUCUUUACCCGACAAUAGUGAUUGGCAUAAUAUUACAUUACCAGGAUUACUAUUAUCAGGCUUAAAGAGUUUAGAAGGAAAACAUGCAGAAUUGAUCGGUUUGGGCCAUAGGGUUUGGGUGUUUACAUAUACAAUAGGCCACCCUAACCAAAUUUAGUUACAAGAGGGGGAUAAGUUGAAGUUAAUUGUUUUUAGGGUUCCAAUACCCUAAGUGUGUGAUAAUAAUUCUGUCUUCUACACUUUUACCAACAAACUAAUUAAAAAAAAUCCCAUGAGUUUGAGGGGUUGUUUAUCCUCUGACAAAAUGAUUCAGCUACUCUGUUCUGAUAAGUCUUGUUUAGUCUUUGCAAUGAUAUUUAUUAGGUAGGUAUUAAG